UGUCAUUAUGUAUUAGGAUAUUUCAGUAGUUUUCUUAGAUAUCUUUUUUAUACAAUUCGUGUAUUUGUCUUAUGAUGGUCUAUAUAAAUCCAGUGUUUGCUUAAUAUUUUGAGGAAGAUACCAUACUGGUUCCUAGUCUGAAACUCCUUCAUACAAAUCUUAAUCUAAUAUACGCAAAGCUAACAAGGCUCUAGGCCACACAAUGAAGUGCAAUGCUUUUGCUAUGAAAUUGAUGUAAAAAUACGUUUCAGUGUUUCGUUUCGUGAUCAUUUUGGACGGCAGCUUACACUGACUAAUUCGUUCAGACCAACCAGUAGCGAUGGCGAAGGAAGGACGUGGAAACUGGAAUAACUGGUUCGAAUUCAUCUUUUCCUGUAUUGGACUUACCGUCGGAUUAGGAAAUAUAUGGAGAUUUCCGUAUAUCUGUUAUAAAAAUGGAGGAGGCGCUUUCCUGAUUCCCUAUUUCAUCUUCCUCUUCGUCAUCGGUCUCCCGGAAGUAUUCCUGCAGUUCACGUAUGCGCAGUACUCCAACUUGGGACCCGGCAAAAUAUGGGAAUGUUGUCCACUCUUCAGAGGUAUCGGUUAUGGAAUGAUAACACUAACUUGGUUGAUUGGGAUCUACUAUGGCGUCAUCAUCGCUUGGACCCUGUACUACUUUGGUAUGUCAUUCUCGUCCACACUUCCCUGGGCCACGUGUGAUAAUGAUUGGAACACCAAAUCCUGCUACAUCAGGGGAGAUAACUCGACUCUUAAUGGAACAGUUGCUGUGGUCGUGACCAACGUCAGUGAAGUAGCGAAAACCGCAAGGACACCACCUGAGGAAUUCUGGGAACGACACGUGUUGGAACUGACUGACAGUAUCGAUGACCUGGGUUCGAUUAGAUGGCAGCUGGUACUAUGUCUCCUAGCAACGUCUAUCAUAGUCUUCCUCUGUCUGGCCAGGGGCAUUAAAUCUUCCGGCAAGGUUAUGUACGUGGCUGCAACCAUCCCCUACCUGUUCCUGUUAACUCUACUCAUAAGGGGUCUGUUUCUGCCUGGAGCAAUUGAUGGUCUCAAAUACUAUCUGAUACCUAGAUGGGAGAGACUACUGGACUACAAUGUAUGGGUUGAUGCAGCCGUUCAGACCUUCUUCUCUGCAAGUAUCGGAAUGGGAGCGCUCAUCGGUUUGGCAAGCUUUAACAAGUUCGGCAAUAACCACUACAGAGAUGCUAUGAUAGUACCUGCCCUAGAUGCUGUGACCAGCAUGUUUGCCGGCUGUACCAUCUUUGUCACCUUGGGUUACAUGGCUCAUGAAGCCGGCGUUGAUAUAGAAGAAGUCGUGGAUAAAGGUCCUGGUAUAGCGUUCAUGGUCUACCCCGAGGCUCUAUCAACAUUACCCCUUCCUCAACUGUGGUCUGUUCUCUUCUUCAUCAUGCUGUUUACCGUUGGUUUGGAUAGUCAGAUCGUACAUAUACAGCUGGUUGCUGUGGGACUAAUGGACAGGUUUAAGAUAUUCAGGGACCACGAGACCCUCACUAUGGCCUUCCUCAACGCUCUCUCCUUCUUCAUUGGUCUCAUCUUUGUUACACAGGGUGGUAUGUACGUGUUACAAUUGGUCGACUGGUACGUCGCUAGUAUAUCUACCAUGUUCCUCGCCUUCCUGGAGGUCGUCGCUCUAGCCUACUUUUACGGUGUGAAUCGCUUGUAUAAAGACAUUGAGAUGAUGCUUGGUUACAAACCUUGCCCAGGUUGGAAGAUCUUUUGGUGUGUUAUCACUCCGCUUAUGAUCCUGGUUCUGUGGCUCAUUAGUGUGUCCCAGCAUAAAGCAGUGUCCUACGGUAAAAACGCCUACCCUGAUUGGUCUAUAGGCAUCGGAUGGGUAAUAGCACUGGCACCACUCAUUCCCAUACCGAUUAGCGCCAUCUGGACGCUUAUGGAGGGAGAGGGGUCAAUAAUGGACCGACUGCGAGAAUCGGUGAAACCAACAUCUAAAUGGCAACCUGCUGAGGAAUGCAGAGACGACUGGCAAUGUCAGAGACAGACGUUGACAGCCGACAUCGUCAUGCAGCCUAUAUGAGGUGGAAAUUAGACAAGAUAUGCAAAAAGGUGAAUUAUCUAAUCUGUUUCUGUGUUCAAAAUAAAGAAUAACUCGAACAAGGGGAGGAAAUAAGGACAUCGCAAAAACGAAGAAGGUAGUGCGGACGUCAAAAUAACCGGAUCAGCUAUUACGAUGUCGACAGACCUAAAGAGGUCAUAAGGCCCUUAAACCAAAAUGAGAAGGUGCAAGGACCAGUUUGGGUUCCUUAAUAUUAUGAACAGACAUUAUACGUACUGUGGACGAUAAUUAUGAACCAGAGGGUAAAAGGUGACGUCACGCUAACUGUGGACGUAAAAUAUUUUUUCACACUCACCAAAGCAUUUGUGAACUAAAAGAUAUUCUGAGAAAGAUUCGGGCAUUUUGAUUAAUACUUUUAAUAUCAUUAUUGACAAUCGUUAAUACUUUGGACUAAUCAUGUGGCCCUAGAGGUUCAUUUAUGGUUGAAGUGCUAUAAAUCAAAGUCGUGCUUUACUCUCUUAACAGAAAUACGAAAAUAUAUACGACGUGGUAAAAUUUAGGUGAAUUUGGAAAAAAGAUGAUGAUCUAUAACGAUUCAAUUGUUACAAACUAACAAUAUAAUGGAAGGAAGCAUCUAAAUAAAAUUUCACAUGUCGAUGCAAAAAGCUAUGUCUUCUGAUAUUAGGACCACUCAUUUCUGUAAGACAUGUUUUAUCCUAUAACGCAAACCAAAGACAUAGAUAUACACCUAAAUCAAAUUGUGAUUCAAAUCGAAUUUACCAUAAUUGGUAACCAUGGUAACAAUAUGUAAAUUGUUCUUUAUCUAAUUAUUUUAUUAUAAUUUACUGCUGGAUUGCAGUAAAAUAUCAACAUUACCGAUCAUAUUCUUCCAUUAAUGGAGAAUGGAAAGUGCUAUGCGGCGGGAUUUCAGACACAACAGAAAAUCCAUUGCCAAAUCUUUGUUGUAAAAUUCGUUUGUGAGGGUGUUGACGCUGUUAAAGUCACUCAAAGCAGGUGUUCGCGUAUCGGUUGUAAUUACAAUAAUUCUUAUUUGCACUUGUCAUGUCGCAAGUACAGUGAAGUAGACUCACUGAAAUUUAAUGAAAAUAUAUUAAGAUAUUAUAUUAAAUCUGCUUAUGACAUUAAAAGAAAAUCUCAUUGAAGAAUCUCAAAUUUUAAAUUAUUUUAGAAACAAAAAUGUUUUUCUUGUUUUAUUCCAUCGUGAUAUUUACAAAGACAUGUAUAUUACUACCAGUCAAAAAAAUAAUUUUGAUCUCAAAUAUAUUUAUGCAUGAAUCUUAUUCUAAAUAAAAAUGUUAUGAUAUUACUUAUUACAAUCGCUAGAAAUAUAUAGUCAAACGAAAAAGUGGAAAUCACGUUUUGAAAUAUUUUUGAUAGCUAUUUGUUGUCAUUAUAAAAUAUAGUAAAUACUUUAUCAUUUUUUGUCAAUAGAACGGAUGUAUUCGUAAAAUCCGUAUGUAUCAUAGAACGAGAUAUGACAUGAUAAAGUGGUUGCACAUUUGAAGAAUAUUAGACUUUGGAAUGAAGUCAGCUUUCAGAGGUCAAUGUAUUCCUGUAUAUUCCUUCCAUUGGUACGGUUCACAUCUUCCUCGUGUGUUUGUUUAUAACUUCAAAAUGGUUCUAAGUGAGUUAACACAAAUAGUAUUACUGCUAAGCGUACUUAUACGGUAUGAUUCCAUUAAAAUACGUAUCGGUACUUAAGAUGUAUAUGUGUGUGAUACGAAAGUUUGAUGCAUGUACAACAGACGGGUAGUGGGUUUGUUAUGUGUGAGCUUGUGUGUGUGAGAGGGUGUGCGUGUGUGAGGGUGUGCGUGUGUGAGGGUGU